GUGAACAAAGCAGUGAGAGGUGGGGAGUUCGAGUUGCACCUCCUCACAACACAGCGGAUGUCACCGACUUUUCCUCUCUUUGCCCUCGUCUGUCUUUUUGAACCCAGCGAUGUAAUCGCCUUUUUUUGGACUAAUCGAUCAACGAGUGACGAUAGAUGUGAAACGUUUAACUGUGAAAUAAUAGAUUCGACUGUUUUUUUCAGACUUACUGAAGAGUUCAAUCAAGACGGUGAUAGUGGUUUUUGACACCGUAACAUCUUAUAAGGGCGGCAUCCGACAUCCGGUGAAGACGAAAAUUUGAUCAGUAAGAGAUUCACGGCAUGAAAUGUAAGCAAUGGUCCCUGGCUGGGGGAAAUGACUGUGUCUCAGAUCAUCAGAGAGAGAAACCUGUACAUGACAACCAACAGCACAGCCAAUCUGAGAGAGCCCAAAGAGCCAUGAGGUUACGUGAAGCUCAGGGUGGCUGCUGGAGAAUUGCACAUUUUCAGUGUGUAUGUUUGUCAUUGAAGAGGUUUUAAGACGGCGGCGUCCUGAUGCAGAUCAACGAGCUGGUUUAGAAGGUUAUCACCACAUGCAACAGCUGCAAAUCAACUGCUGUAAAGACAUUAGCUUUACACGGAAGCAGAGUCACUGGUGUUUUUGACUUCUCUGUGAACCAAGUGUCGCUCCGGAGACUUUAACCAAAGACGCGCAUUUCUAGAGAAAACCAGUCAAGAUGAACGGCCUUGAUGAAAUGUCAGUAAAGUGUGUACUGGUCGGAGAUAGCGCGGUUGGAAAGACGGCGCUGUUGGUCCGUUUUACCUCAGAGACUUUCCCAGACACUUAUAAGCCCACAGUGUUUGACAACACAGGGGUGGAGGUCUACAUGGACGGGGUCCAGAUCAGCCUGGGGUUGUGGGAUACGGCAGGUAAUGACAACUUAAGACAAGUUCGGCCAAGGUCCUACCAGCAGGCUGACGUCGUCCUCAUCUGCUACUCGGUGGCUAAUCCCAAUUCUCUGGCCAGUGUCCAACACAAGUGGAUCGCUGAGGUUCGAGAGAACUUGCCCAAAGUGCCGGUCCUGGUUGUUGCCACUCAGACAGACCUGCGUGAGAUCGGGGCAUAUCGUGGCAGCUGCAUCUCAGCAGCCGAGGGAAGACGAGUGGCUCAAGAAGUCCACGCCAAAGGUUAUCUGGAGUGCUCCUCCCUGAACAACAGAGGCGUCCAGCAAGUGUUCGAGUGUGCGGUGCGGACGGCUGUGAACCAGUACAAAAAGCAAGCCAGAAGGCGCAUGUUCAGUAUAAACCAAUGCAAAGUCUUCUGACCUUUGACCUGGACUUUUCCCUGUCUAAGUCGUAUGAGGACUUGCUCUUGGCUGAGUGUAGGUGAUUUGAUUCGGACAAAAAUAAAUCAGUUUAAAUACGUUUUUUGUGAUAAAUUUGUUACUUUUUAUCAACGUGUAAAACAAAAAAGUUUUUGUUAUAAUAAGACAACAGGAAGUGUAAUGAGUAGCGAGUCUGGUGAGUCUGGUCGCUGAGGUAAGGAUAAUAAUACAUUUAGUGUGAAUUACUAUAUUAGAAGUUUUUUGUAAGACCAUUCAUUAAACUAGAGUUUAACGUCUGAGUGUUUUGACCUCCUGGUCGGACUCAAUGAUUAAACAGAAUAACAUUCACAAUCUGUGUUAGAUCAUUCAAAUGACUCGUAUUAGUGUUUGAUCAAUGCAUUAAUACAUCAAUAUCUAAUGAACAUUAAUGUUAAUCACCUAAGAGUUAAAGUUUUAAUCCAUGAUAAAAACAAGUGUCCGGCUCCAUUUCAGAGUCUGAAGUCGUAUUAGACGCGACACUCUCGGUAUCUUUGUGUUUUUUUUUUAAAUAGAUCAUUAGGAGAGCGUACAAUCUUAACACGAAACAGUAGUAAAAAUGUGUGAGGAAUCAUAAACGCCCUUGUUUUUUAUAGUAUAGAGACACGCAACAAUAAAACAUGAAAUUCAUUACUUGAAAUUAAAGUGAUUUUAUGUACAGACUAUAGUAUUUUAUUUAUUCAGACUCUACAUGUUUAAUGAAAUU